AUGGUGCGGACUUACGCUUACAAUCCGUCGACGCAAGGCUCCUUCUUUGAUUCAGUAUUCACAAACCCAUCCACCAUAUGCUCUUCAUCACAGCAAUCACCCCAACAACAGUCACCUCAACGAGCCACUAAAGAGGUGCAACGUCAAGAUAAUGAAAUCGUGCCAGUCCGCCAGCAGAUUGCUCCUACAGAGCGAUGUCUCUGCAACGUUGGACCACCUCAGUACAGCAACGCUCCCUUUCAUUCUCCUUAUGUCGACCCUAUUGGAUCCAUAGUCGGUCUGCGAGUACUCUAUCUAGAUGGCAAACUGUGCUAUGUACCGGUGGAACCACAACUCAACUACAUGAUUAACCAGCAAUUCGGGAAUGGCUUUUGCGUGCACUGUGCUCGGAGAAAUGGGUUUUUGUCCAUGGGUAAUGACCAGAUCCACAAUCAAGCGUCCUAUAAGAACAGCAAUGGAGAAGUGCAUCCUGCUGACCCAGUCGUCAACAAUGGUUACCAGGAAAAAUACGCCAUUGACAGCCGCACAAUGUACAACCCGACGGCUGGUCCUGCAGUGCAGAAUCCACAGCGAAUACGCCAAUCUGAAGAUGACGGACCACCUUGGACUGUCCAACAUCCUCAACCCCGUUCUGGUGUUCGGCGCUCGUCUCUGUGGUUUGGCGGAGAAACAGUGCAGGUAACCUCCUUUGAGUUCAAAGAGUAUUAA